GAGCCCUCAGUCUGAAGUCUAACAAAGCUUUGAGCUCACAUGGUGCAAACAGACGGGACAGAUAGAUGAACAGGCGCUCUUCGUCUGAUCAUCAUGGAUGUCUCAGAGGAGGACUACUACUACUUCCACGAAAACAUCAGCUUCAACUUCAGCUACGACGACUACCCUGCCCUCUGUGAGAAGGGUGACGUCCGUUCCUUCGCAGCCCUCUUCCUCCCUAUCAUAUAUACUCUGUGUCUGGUGGUGGGACUGGCAGGAAACGGUUUAGUCGUGGCGGUCUAUGCUUACCACAAACGCCUCAAGACCAUGACGGACACCUUCCUGACUCACCUGGCUGUGGCUGACCUGCUCCUGCUCUUCACGCUACCCUUCUGGGCUGCUGAUGCGGCGAGGGGCUGGGAGCUGGGGAUGGUCGUCUGUAAGAUGGUGUCAGCUUGCUACACGGUCAACUUCACUUGCUGCAUGUUGCUGCUGGCCUGCAUCAGCCUGGACCGUUACCUGGCGUUAGCCAGGGUGCGAGGUGAAGACCAAAGAGGGCGGCUGCAGAGGAUAUUCAGCAGGAGACACUGCUGGAAGGUGUGUUUAGUUGUUUGGGUGACAGCUUUCAUCCUUGGUCUCCCUGAUUUGAUACUCUCAGAGGUGAGAUGGACAUCUAAUAGGAACGUCUGUCUGGCUGUCUACCCUCCAUCGAUGGCUGGAGGAGGUAAAGCUGCUCUGGAGAUAGCAGAUGUGCUGCUGGGGUUCCUGCUUCCUCUCCUGGUGAUGGUGAUCUGCUACUGUAACAUGGGCCAGGCACUAAAGGCCCUCCCUGUGGAGAGCAGAGGCAAGAAGUGGAAAGCUCUACGUGUCCUUCUAAUAGUAGUGGGUGUGUUUGUGGUCACUCAGCUGCCUUAUAACGUGUUGAAGGUCUACCGAGCGAUGGACUCAGUCUAUGCCUUAGUGACCCACUGUGGGACAAGCAAAGUAUUGGAUCAUGCCACUCAGGUGACAGAGAGCUUGGCCCUCACUCACUGUUGCCUCAACCCCAUCCUUUAUGCCUUCAUGGGCUCGUCCUUCAGGCAGCACAUGAUGAAAGUGGCCAAGAAGUUUGGCGAGAAGAGAAGGAAGAGGAGGAAGAGGAGGGAAAAUCCUGCAGAGGAGGAAGAGAUGGAAAUGUCAUUUAACUCCCACAGUGCAUCACAAGAGACAAACACAUUCUCAAUAUGAUUGAGCACAGGAGUGUCAUGCUAAAAGACAUCUAUAUGAAUCAUUUUUAUUAUAGUAGAACAGAUACAGCAGCAGUAGAAGCAUGCUUGACAAUCAUUAAGAUGUACAAAUAUUCCACUGAAAUUUUAACAUGUAAUUCUCUCCACAUUAAAAACAGGAGGUUGUCAGCUGUAUUUUCCUCCUCUAGUUUGUUAAAAUGGCUUUUAGCAAAGUAUUUUGUUUACUUAUUAAGACCAAAGAAUAUUACAUUGUUUUUGGUGUUUUUUAUGAAUGAAAAAAGGACUUGGUUUUGUGUUUGGAGUGAUGUUUUGUCAGAUUCUAUACCCUGGUCCAAUGGAAACCUGGUCUCACUCCAACUCAUCAAAUACUGAGGCUUGGUCACUGGCCCUUGGCGUCAGAUAGUGAUGCACCAAGGCACCCUUAGCAGUUGUAUGAGACACACUGGACGGUGGCAUCAUAGUAGUAUAAAAAUGCAAGAAAGUACACAUAGGUGGCCAGGUCAAACAAAUUCUGGACUUUCACCCAGAACUCCGGUGUCCGUCUCCGGUGUGACACCAUAAAUUAGGCCAGUCCAACUUUAUUGCAAACUUUACCAUUGGCAACAAGUAGAAUAUUAUUUCACUGUAGAGCUGCAAGCAGGGUUUAAAUUCGCUCCCCCCCCCCUCUCUCUCUGUUUAUGACGAGACUACUGCUGUGGGACACAAGCUGAGAGUCACACACACACACAGUGACAGGGCUAACUGUUAGCAUCACACAGCUAACGCUACCCAGUGGUUAUGUGAUGUCAUUAUGGUUAACAACAAAGUCAAGCUGUUGAGGUGUCAGUGUGAGAUUAACAGCUUGUGUUGGAUGUCAACCACUGCUGCGAGGCUUCUGCCCAAGUGGCAAAACAUGAAGAGUAAGGAUGAGAUCACAUUGUGCCUGUGAAAUCCUGAAGGGUCUGUUUUAAGGACAACCUAGCAUGCUAGAAUGUGUAGCAUACUGUGCUAGUGACGUAUGUCACAUGGCGCUGCAUUUGCAUUACAUUCAGUGUUGGGCAGUGAGUAGUUACAUGUAAUUAUAUUACAAAAUAAAUAUAUUUGUGAUUAGUUACAGUUAUUGAGACAAAAUAUGUGAGUAAAUUACAGUUACCAAUUAAAAUGUUGAUGAUUACAACAGUGUUAUAUCCAAAUACAUUUGCUAUAACAAGCUUAUAUGUAAAAAUAACAGUCAUUCUGUUGCUUUGCACAUUUUCGCCAUGUGGGAAUGUCUUUUUCUUUGCACAGUCGGUAUCCAGACAUUUUUCAGUUUUAUUGCCAAGUUUAAAAUAACUGUUUCAAAAGUAAUCAAUAAGUAAUCAAAUUUAAUAAAUCACAUUACUAAUAAAGAAAUAUAGUUACAUUUCUUAUGACAUUCAUAACAGGGUAACAAGUAAUCUGUACCCUAUAAGAUUUCAAGAGCAACCUUCCCAACAUGGAUUAUGUAAGUAAAAAACAUACUUAUUUUAUGCCAAUAUGUGCUAUUGUUGCCUAAACCUCAGUACCAAAGUAAACUUAAUAACAAAGUUUUUUACCUACGUUCUGCACGUAACAAGCUCAAACUGCUAUGAAAAUGCAAGUUUAUUCUGAAAGGACACAAUGCAUGUUACAAGUUUAAAUUGACACGUUGUCCCACAACCUUCAAAACUGACGCUAGAGGGGCACCUGAAGCGUCACAUUUUGACAUUUAGGGCCACUGACCAAGUGGCAGUAUUUGAUGAGUUGGGAGUGAGAAUGUGCUGUGAAAACAAUAUUUCUUUUCAACAGUAUUUAUUAUAGUUAGCAUGACAAUGAACUCUUUAAACUCUGAUUUACUCUUGUUCCACAAGUUUAACAGAAUCAUAAUCUAUGAGGUGACAGACAUUCCUCCAGUAUUUCACAUGGGGCAUUUAACACUUUUCAAGCUGCCCACAAAGCAUAAAUAAGAUAAAUACUUGAACUUGAUACUUUUCAUUACACUAUACAGCAAGUGAAGACAAGAAGAAUAAUGAGGUCAAUUUUAUAAACUAAAUGGGCUGGAACUUUUUCUAAAACUUUGUAAUUGCAACUUGUUUGAAAUAAUGCUUGUUUAUUUUUUGCAAUCACCUUAAAAAAAUAUUCCUGAUUAAGUUGAUGUUACACAUCUGCACAGCCUGUAAACUAGAUGCACUACACAUGCCUGCACCUCAGAUAUGAAGCAAAGAAGCAUGAUUUUCUAUCUCUAAUAUUGCUCCACUUGACCUGUGUACCUUUUAGUCAUGUGUUUUAUUUCUCACCUCACGUUGACUUCAAAUUCCUGAAUAUUAAAAGAUACCACAUUUCACUUUG